UACUGUGUCUGUCACAUAGUGGAUGCUCCAUGAAUACUACUUUAUUUAUUUUAAUGUAAUAGACUAUAUAACUAGAGGAUUACUCUCUCUUUAUUUCCACAUAAUGCAUCAUCUUUUUUUCUUCUUUUGUCUUUUUCAUUUCAAGAAUGGUCUGUGUGUGAUUUAUUUCUAAACCUGUAAAAUGAGCUCAGGACUGAGUUACAUAAUAUAGACAAGGGCUUUGGGAGAGCAUUUUCCUUAAAUCUCUUAUAUGAUGCAAAAUAUCUUGAGGAGGGGAUAUGUGAGCUCCUACUUCAACAGAUGAUGAUCUUUAUUUUUAUCAAGUGACCCACAAACUGGUUACUGGUGCAAUGAGAAAUUAAGAAAAUAGCACACUUGUAUGACUGUCAUUUCACAGUCACUCAAAUCAGAACUGGAAUGCCACAAAAACAACUCCCUGUUAGCCCAGAGGGAAAAAAAAAAAGAAAGAAAGUAAAGGGGAAAUUCAGAUUAGUCACAAAGAAGUUCCCCGCCUGCCUGUAGAAGUUGCAGAGUUAAAACUGAGAGAGUCCUCUCUGCUCUUUCAAUCGCCUUUUGUCUCAGGUCCUGGGACCUUUGUCUUCUGAUUGAAAGGCUUUGCUUUGCCUUCAUCACCUCCUCAUCAGGCUUUCCCCAAGUUCCCCUUUGCCACAGCUUCAUCUUCCUUGCAUCCAGAUUAUGAAAAUGGAAGGGGUUCAACCCCUGGAAGAGAAUGUGGGAAGCGUACCCAGGCCAAGACCCCAGUGGAACAAGCUUUUGCUGGUGGUCUCUGUGAUUCAGGGGCUGGGGCUGCUCCUGUGCCUCAUAUACAUCUGCCUGCGUGUCUCUGCUCCUCAGGUGCAGCAUCCUCCAAUUCAAAGUAUUAGCAUACUACUUACUGGAUGUGAAGAAGAGAAGUUGAUCCUCAUCCCAAACGAUGCUCAUAUCAUGAAGGUAGAAAACAACUCAGUCAUCAUCAACUGUGAUGGGUUUUAUCUCAUCUCUGUGAAGGGCUACUUCCAGGAGGAGGUCAGCAUUAGCCUUCAUUACCGGAUGCAUCGGAAUCCCAUCUCUGUCCCCCUGAGAAAGGACCUGCAGGUGGACUUCACCACAGUGGUCUCUUUGGCUUACAAAGACAAAGUCUACUUGAGUAUGAACUCUCCGAAUACCUCAUGCAAGGACUUCAGGAUGAAUGGUGGAGAACUGUAUCUCAUCCAGCAAAAUCCUGGUGGAUUUUGUAUCUAAGGAGGAUCUGACAGCAACACUUCCAACCAGGGACCAGGAUGAACUCCAAGCUGCAGGUGGACAGGACACAGUCUUCCUUGUGAGUGGAAGAGCCUUUCCGGCUCAGCCAUAUGGACAUGAGCAGAGCACAUCCUGUUCCACCCCCUCACUCAGGGAUAUUUAAAACAUUAUUUUACCUACCAAUCAAUCUUAUUUAUCCUAUUAUCUUCUAAGUCACCUAAUUCAUCCCCCAUGACUGCUGAUUGCCUUGACCCCACUAGGAACCUUUGUGAGAAUGAAAAACCAAGGGCCUCUUUCAUUCACAUUGUUUCUAUUGGUCAGGCAAUUGUCAAAAUAACCUUAUGUCAUUGGAAAGACCCUUGACUACCAUUUGCCAGAAAGCUAAUGUGUGUGGCAAUGCCAAAGUGAAGAGGAGCAAGGAACAGGGUUAUGAAUCCUCAAAAGGUGGUACCUACCAACCCCAGGGAACCAAAGAGGCCCCUCCAAGGUUAAAUUGGUUACUAUUUGCAUAUUGCUUAAAUACUUCUUUCAUUUGGUGGGAGUUUGAAAGGAAAAUCAUCUUGUGAAAAGCAGGACUUGAGAUAACUGUCUAAGAAAUAUUGUGUACACAGGUGUUUUUCUUUACCAUUUUGCCUUCCCAGCUUCCAAACAUACUUAAUAGAAAUUUCUCUUCAAAGAACCAUCCUGGGGAUGUGAUACCGUGAAAAAUCUAAUCUGUGACAUAAAGAAAAUCAAGAAAGAUUUUUUUAUAGAGGAUGGGAGAUAAUUUGUGAGGGUUAGCUUUAUCACAUGAUAUAGCAAUGAACUGGACUCUCAGGGUAAAAGUCAAUAUGGAUUUUAACAACCUGGGGAGGAAAACCUAUUCUUUGUCCCAAGUAGGCAAAGUGGUGCGUCUCAUCCCCUGGCUUGUGCUGAGAUUCAUACUCAGCACUAUGCUUUGUACACAUCUACCACAUUGCUGGCUAUCCAAAAUAAAUGAAGAAAUGCUAUAAUCAAAGGUGAUUUGAUGUCAAAGAGCACUAAGUAGUGAUGGUACCUUAUGAAAAAAAUGAUCUCUGCCUAGAAAUGCCAUAAUGCCACAUGUGCUCUUACAUUGAUCAUUGAAAUUAGAAGGAUGGGCCUGGGGAAUUAGCUCAGUGGUUCCGCCGCCUGCCUCACAAGCGCGAGGUCCUGAGUUCGAUCCCCAGUAUCAAAAAAAAAAAAAGAGAGAAAUUAGGACAAUCAUCCGAUAUCCAGCCUUCAAGGAAAUAGGACCCCUUUUAUUUACUUUAAAUGGCCCCCCUUAACUUGAUAGUGCAUCGUGUAUAUAGCACUGGGGAAAAAUUUGCUCUUUUAUGUCAAAUUUCCAGAUGAUUUAUAAGUUCUCUGUGCCAAAAUUUUUACAAAUGUAAAUGUUUGAUAUAUAUUUUUUAAAUUGUAGCAAAUGUUUCCUGGCUAUCUUAAUUAGAGGGUACAACAUAUCAUAAAAUCUUUCCAGAUGAUUCCAUGUCAUUGAAGGGAUUGACCUCUAUGAUUAUCUCUAGGGCCUCCAGGAAGACAGAGGACUGUGUCCCUACAGUAAAUGGUCUCAGUUACAUUUGGAUCUAUUUUCUGAUAGUUUUCUAUUUCCUCUUAAGCAUCUAUCUCCAACUAUAUUCUCACCUCUCCAUUUCAACCUGUUGUGAAAAGGAGCUAGCUAAAUAUAAGUAAAAGAAUGUAUGUAUAAGGUGAGAGUAAUGAAGCUCUCACUGGGAGCCAAGGUACUCAUAUAAUUAUGAUUAUAGCUAAACACUUAGGCCCUUCUGUGGAUCAUGCACUGGGUUAAACGCUUCUCGUGAAUUCUGCAGAAGAUUUAUGUAUGUGUGUUUCUGUGUAUAGUUUACUUUUCAUUAUUGACUGUGUUUUGGAAAGUUGCUGUUACUUAAUGAAUGAUACCUGGAAAAGUAAAUGUUCAUGAUCAUAGGUAAUAUUUAAAAAUGUAUAUUUACUUUAGUUUUGGUACUGGUGAUUGA